GCCUUUGGGCCACGGCAAAGCUUCAAGAUGCGGUGCCGGAAGUACUCACAGCCGUGCCGACCCUUGUGGCGUGCAUACCCGGGCGGAUCCAGAGCAUGAUCCCCCAACACCUGUCAAACUGCCUCUUAUCCUUCGCCCUGCUGCAGCAGUCGGUCCCCGAGGUGCUGUCUGGCGUGCCUCUCAUUGCCACGCACAUACAGCAGAAGGUGGAUCGCCUGCUGCCCCAGCACCUGUGCAAUUGUCUAUGGGCUGCCGCCAAUUUGAAAGAGGCAGGCCCUGAGGUAUUGAAAGCUGUCCCGGCCAUUGCGCAGAGGAUCCCGCACAACACAGACAGAUUUGAUUAUCAGCUGCUCGCCAGUGCCUGCUGGUCAGUUGCAGUGUUACAAGAAGCCGUUCCAGAGGUGUUGAGCACGGUGCCAGCCCUGGCAAGCAAAGCGCACGGACAGAGCGGAGACUUCGAUUGCCAAGCAUUGUCAAACUGCUUGUGGGCUGCUGCGCACUUGCAGGAGUCUGCCCCGGCAAUGCUGGCCAUUGUACCCCGGUUGGUGAAAGGCAUUGUGAACAGCGCAGACCGGUAUACCAGUGGGAAAGCGGUUGCAAUGCAACGGAGUGCUAUUCUGAACAACAAGCUUGGCAAACUAAGCAGCGUUGGGAAGAUGAUUCCACAGCAUUUGUCCAACUGCCUCUGGGCGGCUGCAGCCCUGAAGGAUGUGGCUCCUGAGGUGUUGCAGGCCGUGCCAGCCUUGUCGAAUCGAAUUCCGCAACUAGGUUAG